GGGAGAGCGGUAUACAGUGAAUGCAGGGUCCGGGGAGAGCGGAUAUAGUGAAUGCGGGGUCCGGGGAGUACCGGAUACGUGAAUGCAGGGUCCGGGGAGACCGGAUAUAAUGAAUGCAGGGAUCCGGGGAGACCAGAUUUUGUGAAUGCAGGGUCCGGGGAGAGCAGAUAUAGUGAAUGCAGGGUCCGGGGAGAGCGGAUAUAGUGAAUGCAGGGGUCCGGGGAGACCGGAUAUAGUGAAUGCGGGGUCCGGGGAGACCAGAUAUAGUGAAUGCAGGGUCCGG